AGUAUUAUUCUUCAUCUCUGCAGGUUAGGCUAUUCCAAGCGACACCCAAGAUAUGGAAAGCGCAAAUGGUGCAAUCGUGCGCUUGAGGAACUUUUAGGAUGUGCAGGAUAAUUCCGCAUUAGAGGAUGUGAGAGCGGAUGCGGAGGAAACACGGAUCCUGCCUUACGCAUCACGCAUCAGGAGGAAAAAUCCCACAGCAACGCCACCCAACCCGCCAGACUUCACUAGAAAGACAAAAGUAGCCAAGGAACGGAAAUUAAAUUCACUCGCUGCUACCUAACACCAAAAAUACCGCAGACCGAGCAGUUGGAUACAGCGACGCAUGGGAACAUACUUCGGAUGUGAGAAAAGCACAAUAUUUGUGAAGGAUCUGUCGCGUAACGAGGAGACAGCGGCAUCCUUCAGGAUCUUGACCGCCUAUACAUCCCAUAUAAUGCGUCACCGGAUGUUCGGACUCUCAAGCCUUUUUGACCUGAAGUAAAGUAAACCGACCCCGGUGUGAACUGAAGAACAUUAUGAUGAAUGCUUCGGGAUAUCCUCCGAGAGCGAUGCUGGAACUUAAUUGCGCAAUUUUGUGAUCAUCUCUCCGCGCGCAAAGGGAUCCCUUUUCACUUUCAUUGCCGUUCCGUGCCAUCCAGUAAGACUGAAGUUUCUCACAGGUCGAGAACAAACAUGUUGCGUCUCCAUACUCUGCAUUUCAUUGUAAUUCUGCUCAGAGUUACAGACUGUCGUAUCCUGGAGAAUCUUCAGCGCUACGCCUCCCCUACUUACCUGCCUGUCAACUACCAGCUCCUCAACACAGAGUCCUCCUUCUUUCUUAAGGAGGCCACCCAGGACUUCAUGCGCAACUCUAGUUUCCUCUCCAGAACAGAACUGUUCUUCAUCCACCAGGCCAGGAGACCUCCCAUCAUCAACGCCACAUAUAGGACCCUUGCAGUGGAAGAGCCUAUUCCUUUGGACCUCCUCCAGAUGCCUGGCUCCUUUGUGGCUUCUUCAGCCCUCUUCACCUUCAACUGGAAAGUACAAACCUUUGUUCUCAACGAAAGGAUUUACCUGAACAAACCCAAGGUUCAGGUCUUGUUCUACAUCGCUGGGAGGGACUGGGACGACUAUAGCGCGGUGGACAAACUCCCCUGUGUACGGAUGUUCGCCUUCCACGAAACCCAGGAGGUCCGUGGGAGCUGCAGGUUGCGAGGGGACAUGGGCGUCUGCGUUGCAGAGCUCGAGCCUCUUCCUGGGUGGUUUGCACCUCCUAGCGUUGUCCCCGGACGCCAGAGGGGUCCGGAUAUGUCUGAAGGAACGCCUGUAGAGCUGUACUACAGCCUUCGGGCCGCAGAAGUGGGAGCUUGUCUUUCCGAGGAGUUAGGGUUCAAGAGCGCCGCUCACUCGGAUCAAGAGGGAUUGUUUGGGUCGGCGACCUCUACACCCAUGAGGCACAUCGGGAGUGUAAGAUUAUUCCAGAAUCCAUCUGCUCCAGAAUUAUCAGAGCAACGUUUGGAUGGGAAUUUUGCAGUGUUGGUACCAUCCGCACCAGUUCGGCAAAGGGAUACCGUAUCAGCAUAUGUUGCAGCUUCACCGUACUCACCUGUGGAGAUGUUCACUCUCAGGGUGAAGUUAAAAGAUGGAGUGGCGUUCCUUGGCGCUCGACCCAGUAACCCAACACUCUGGAUGGUUAGUCAAGAUGUCAGAACAGAAGGUCACAGGAUUGUAACCCUGCAUUGUCGCCAUAAGGAGUCUAGCUAUGGACAGAGCGUGGAGCCGGGCUGGCAGAGGGUGGUUCAGGUGGAUCUGGAGGUGGACGGUGUCGGAAGUACGGUAGGCAGCAGGUCCAUUUCCUGGGCAGUGGAAUACCCGGGCAUCAGGGCCGGCAACGAGGAAACUGAGACGCACAUCCACCUGGCACAGAAAGACCUAGUUGGCAUCGUGCCACUGGCUAUGGAAACAGAGAUCCUGAACACCGCAGUGCUGAACGGGAAGACGGUGGCGGUGCCGGUGAAGGUGGUGACGGUGGGCACAGACGGGACGGUUACAGACGUGUCAGACGCUGUGCAGUGCCAGUCCACUGAUGAAGACGUGGUUAAGGUAUCGGACAGGUGUGAUUACGUCUACGUGAAUGGCAAAGAGAUGAGAGGACGGGUCCGAAUGCUGCUGAACUUCACGUAUGGUUACCUGAGGGCCCAGCUGGAGGUGAAGGUCUGGAUUCCCAAACUGCCUCUGCACAUCGAAGUUUCAGAUACGGAACUCAGUCAGAUCAAAGGCUGGAGGAUUCCCGUAAACAGUAACGCCCAGAGCUUUGUGGAUUGUGAAUCCAGACUCCAGGAGUCUGAGGGAAGCUCUUGA